CCCCCGCUGCUCCCCGGAGGCGCACUCCUGCCGCGACAGCUACGGGAGCGGGGAGCCCCGGAGAGAGGCCGCCGGAACCCCGAGAGCCCGCGCUCAGGACAGGGCACGAGAGGACGCUAUGAUAGCCACUGGUGGGGUCAUCACCGGCCUGGCGGCCCUGAAGCGUCAGGACUCGGCUAGGUCCCAGCAACAUAUCAACCUCAGCCCAUUGCCUGCUCCCCAGGACCAGAAACCCGUCCGACGGCGCCCGCGAGCUGACGUCGUGGUAGUUCGUGGGAAAAUCCGGCUUUAUUCUCCAUCCGGCUUCUUCCUCAUUCUGGGGGUGCUGGUGUCCAUCACUGGGAUCGCCAUGGCGGUCCUCGGGUAUUGGCCCCAGAAGGAGCAGUUCAUCGACGCCGAGACCACGCUGUCCACCAAUGAGACGCAGGUGGUUCGGAACCAGGGCGGUGUGGUGGUGCGCUUCUUUGAGCAGCACCUUCACUCCGACAAGAUGAAGAUGCUUGGCCCAUUUACCAUGGGCAUCGGCAUCUUCAUUUUCAUCUGUGCCAACGCCAUCCUUCACGAGAACCGCGACAAAGAAACGAAAAUCAUCCACAUGAGGGAUAUCUACUCGACCGUCAUCGACAUCCACGCGCUCAGACUCAAGGAGCAGAAGCAGGCGAACGGCCUGUACACGGGCUUGCUGGGAGACGGAGAGGUGAGGCAGAACGGCAGCCCCUGUGCAUCCCGGCUGGCGGCCACCACCGUGGCCUCCUUCUCGGCGACGCGGAGCAGCUUUCGGGUGGACAGCUCUGUGGAGGAGGAUGAGCUGAUGCUGAGUGAAAGUAAGAGCCCGGGGCACCUCAUGCCGCCUUUGCUCUCUGACAGCGCAGUGUCUGUCUUCGGCCUUUAUCCACCUCCAUCCAAGACCACCGACGACAAGGCCAGCAGCUCCAAGAAGUGUGACACCAAAUCCAUCGUCUCGUCAUCCAUCAGCGCUUUUACGCUGCCUGUGAUCAAACUUAAUAACUGUGUCAUUGACGAGCCCAGUAUAGACAGCAUCACUGAAGUCGCAGACAACCUCAAAAGCAGGUCCAGGAAUCUUUCAAUGGAUUCCCUUGUGGUCCCACUGCCCAGCUCUGGGGAAGCCUUUCAGCCCGCCAGCACAUUACUCCCCCGGAACAAUUCCGUUGGCGAGUCCCUGUCGAGUCAAUACAAGUCCUCUGUGGCCCUGGGACCUGGGACUGGACAACUCUUGUCUCCUGGAGCUGCUAGAAGGCAGUUUGGAUCCAACACAUCCUUACAUUUACUCUCCUCUCACUCCAAAUCCUUAGACUUGGACCGCGGGCGUUCCACCCUGACUGUGCAGGCUGAACAACGGAAGCACCCUAGCUGGCCUCGGUUGGAUCGAAGCAACAGCAAAGGGUACAUGAAACUGGAGAACAAAGAGGACCCAAUGGACCGGUUGCUGGUUCCCCAAACAGCCAUCAAAAAAGACUUCACGAACAAAGAGAAACUUCUCAUGAUAUCAAGAUCCCAUAACAACUUGAGUUUCGAACAUGAUGAGUUUUUGAGUAACAACUUGAAACGAGGAACUUCUGAGACAAGGUUUUAGUGUUUAAAAACGGAUCAUUUUUCCAGGAAGAUAUAU